AUGAACUGGAAGAUUGAGCAGGUCCCGGGCACAGACACGCGUAUCCUUUUCAAGAGCGAGAUUGAUGACGCUGUGAUCUACUCGAAGGGCAAAGACUGUCAUCUUGGCGCCGACCAGGGCAUGGAGGACCAUGAUACUGCUCACUGGUAUCUUGAGGGGUGUGAUUUCUCAGAAAUUUCGGAGGCACCUCUUGUCAGAUUCCGCAACGCAAAGCAUUCUACGCUCUAUCUGGACUGGCAGCAUCCCCAGCCGACUGAUGGCGAGGCCUUCGUAACCGGCCAAGGCAACAAUAACACGAGCCAGAUCUUCCGGAUUUGCAGAGUACAGCGACCCGAAUAG